CAAAAAAUGAGUUCAUAUUUUGUCAAUUCUAUCUUCUCCAAAUACAAAAGUGGCGAUUCUUUACGUCCCAGUUACUAUGAGUGCGGAUUCCCACAGGACUUGGGCAGUAGACCCACCGUAGUUUAUGGACCCAGUACCGGAGGAACUUUCCAACAUCCAACUCAAAUACAGGACUUCUACCACCAUGGCGCGUCCACGCUUUCCACCGCUCCUUACCAGCAGAGUCCUUGUGCAGUAACAUGUCACGGAGAACCUGGCAACUUCUAUGGUUACGACGCCUUGCAGAGGCAGACGCUUUUCGGAACCCAAGACGCGGAUCUGGUCCAGUACAGCGAUUGUAAACUGACGACUAACAGCAUCGGGGAUGAGGCGGAAAACACGGAGCAGAGCCCCUCUCCGACGCAACUCUUCCCGUGGAUGAGACCUCAAGUAGCCGCCGGGCGGAGGCGAGGCCGGCAGACAUACAGCCGUUACCAGACGCUGGAGUUGGAGAAGGAGUUCCUUUUCAACCCCUAUCUGACUCGCAAGCGGCGGAUAGAGGUGUCACAUGCCCUGGGACUGACCGAGAGGCAAGUCAAAAUCUGGUUUCAAAACAGGCGAAUGAAAUGGAAAAAAGAGAACAACAAAGACAAGUUCCCGAGCAGCAAGUCGGAGCAGGAGGAAAUCGAGAAAGAGAAGAAAGCGAAGGAGCAAGGCGGAGGGACUGAGCCUGUGAGCGAGGACUGCAACGAAGCCAAACAAAUGUAGAGGGAUAGCAUACACAGAAGUGCUCAGCGCUACAAGCGACGGCGUGGGACAUAAAAUCACCGUGUUUUAUUGCGUUUGGGAGACACUGCAAUCUUCUGAUGGUUGCUGCUCGCUAAAGCGAUGGGAAG